AAAAAAAAUGGAAAGAAUUUUCUGACCGUUUGCAUUGGAUCUUACAACCACUGCCACAUCAGUGGGUAGCACGUGUUUUUUUUUUGGUACUUGGAUAAUGUACGGAAUAUCAUACGGGAUGAGUGUGUACUGAAUGACGUUAAACGCCGCAGUGACGACGAGAACCAGCGAGCUUGUGAAAUGCAGCCAAUGACAUUAAAAAGUGUGUGUGCGCUGUUUUAGGUGGACCGGGACAGCGGCAGAUGGUGCGAACUGACCAGCGCCGCCCAUCCAUCAACCAUCCAGCCCUGUCAGGUUUCAUUUGUCCGCUCUUCAGGUAGGAAGUAAGCAGUGGGCAGGGCCGUCCAGCAAAGUAGGCGGGAUGCCCGUUGAGGGUGGGAGCAGCGGCAGCUCUGCCUCAGCUGCUCGUCACCCCAAACAAAAGCGCAAGGCUCACAGCCUGUCUAUUCGGCGCACGAACAGUACGGAGGAGAGGCCACCUGGCAUCCACAGAGGAGACAUGCUGGAGGGACAGGACUCCAAGAUGCCCCCCACUCUACGUAACAAUCUUCUCGACCUAUUUGGCCAGAUUGAACGAGAGUUUGAAAAUCUCUACAUCGAAAACCUUGAACUACGACGGGAAAUUGAUUCCCUGAAUGAACGUCUGACUGGCGACGGACAGAAUCUUGAGGGAGGAGAUUCCUCCAAGGGAGCCCUGAAAACAAAAGCCAGCCACAGCACCAGCCAACUUUCACAGAAGCUGAAGACGACCUACAAAGCCUCUACUAGUAAGAUUGUGUCCAGCUUCAAAGUCACUACAGGGUCCAGAGCUCUAUGCCAUCUGCAGAAGGAGUAUGUUGGCCACCGAGACGGAAUUUGGGACCUCAGUGUAACCAGAACUCAGCCAGUGGUCCUGGGGACCGCAUCAGCAGACCACUCAGCCCUGCUUUGGAGUAUAGAGACUGGUAAAUGUCUGCUAAAGUAUGGCGGCCAUGCAGGAUCAGUCAACUCUAUCAAGUUCCACCCCACAGAGCAGAUGGCCCUCACAGCCUCCGGGGACCAGACGGCUCACAUCUGGCGCUACAUGGUGCAACUACCGGCCCCCCAGCCACCACCAGAUGUCAGUGCGCCGUGUGACGAUGACCAGGAUUCUUCAGAUAGAGAAGAAGGCGAGGUUGACGGUGAAGGCCCUUGCGAGGUGCCCACUGUCCGGGUUGCUACGGCCACCCUGAAAAGUCACCAGGGUGUCGUUAUCUCAGCUGAUUGGCUUGUGGGCGGCCGACAAGUGGUGACAGCUUCUUGGGACCGUGCCGCCAACCUUUAUGAGGUGGAGACAUCUGAACUCGUGCACACUCUCACCGGCCACGACCAGGAGUUGACCCACUGUUGCACCCACCCCACCCAGCGGUUGGUGGUCACCUCAUCCAGGGACACCACCUUCAGAUUGUGGGACUUCAGAGAUCCAUCCAUCCACUCCGUCAAUGUCUUCCAGGGACACACAGACACGGUGACAUCAGCAGUGUUUACCGUGGGUGACAACGUGGUGUCAGGGAGUGAUGAUCGCACAGUUAAGGUGUGGGAUCUGAAGAACAUGAGGUCACCAAUAGCAACCAUCCGCAUGGACUCUGCUGUCAACAGGAUAAGCGUCUCUGCCAACCAGAGGAUCAUUGCUCUGCCGCACGACAAUCGACAAGUGCGACUGUUUGACAUGAGCGGAGUGAGGUUGGCCCGACUGCCUCGCAGCAACAGAAUGGGCCAUAGGCGCAUGGUGUGUUGCACGGCGUGGAACGAGGAGAACCAAACAUGCAACCUGUUCACCUGCGGCUUCGACCGGCAGGCCAUCGGCUGGAACAUCAACAUCCCUGCCUUGCUGCAGGAGAAAUGAAGUCUGAUGAGACGCUAACACAAAUCCCUCCACGUAGUCUGCCGUCUCACACGUGCUUAGAAGUAAAGUAAGCCAUCUCUCGUAGUAAGUGGUCUUAAAGGCGUGAGGAUGCAGCUGAAGGCACAUCUGUGUUUUGACCUGUCGGCUCCAUUUGCACGGACUGAUUGUGCACUUUUUCUCUGUUGAUAUCACUUACACGGCACACAAAAAUGUAGGGGUACAGUGGACCCCCGCUAUUCACGGGGGAAGAUUUGCUGAUAAUUGACACCCAUUAUAAUAACAUUGGAGAAAAACAAAAUUGGGGUGAAAUUUCAGGAUGAACCUAUGUUGUGCUAUAACCUGUUCAGGUGAACUCAACUCAGCCUCAUUCAAUUUUGCCGUUUAGCUCUGUUUGAAAACACCCUGUUGUGCAAAAAAAAAAAAAUACUGAAACAUUGACCAUUUGGACGUGCCUUUAAAGUUUUGGGUAAGGCCAAAUUAAGCACACCUGUAAAGGUUAUAGUGCAUUUUAGGUUGAUCAUGAAAUUUCACCCCAAAGCCCAAUAUCCCUAACUUUUUGUGAGUAGUGUAUGUUUAUUGUGUAUUCACAUCACUGCUGUUAAGUUACUGCUGAAUGGUUGCAUGAAGAGAAAUCCAGCCGUUUCUAUUACAUUUUGGAAACAAUUUGAAUAGUGUGAUAUAUAGAAGAAGUGUAUGUAUUGUGUUGUAGUCUUAAGUGACCUCCAUCACAUUAUUGCAAGUUACUGUCUUACAUGCCUUUUGUUUGGAAGGACCUUAAAGAAGAUAUGAUCGUUUUUAUCCUUCUAGUCUCGGUGGAGUAGUGCCUCAUGAUACAGUAAAUCAGAGCUCUUUGCUUCCUUAAAGUUUUAAAUUAACAACUACACAGUUCCAAAAAUGAUUGUCCACAGUGCUUUUUCCUGACACUCAUGUCAACAGUUCAAACGUAAGUUGCCUUGUUCCAUGUUUACAGAGGGACUAUUUCUUCUCAAGAUUUUCUUUAUUCUGCCUUUGUAAAAUGAUGCAAAGUGUUGUAAUUGAAGCAGUAAUGUGUCAAGGCAGUGCAUCUUUCCACUCACUCAUGAGAAUAAUUUUUCAUUUAAUUAUACAUAGUGUUGUUGGUUCAGGAGUUGCUCUGUUCAAAUAAUUGUUCUGUAAUUCCAGAGUGAAAUAUACUGUAUCAUCACCAGCUUGUUGCCAACUCAAAUAUCUUUCUUCACUGUAAUGUUACAGACUCAACUUGUUGGUUACUGGUCAUGUUUCACUACAUGUCAAUGUGAAGUUUACAAUUUGCUCUCAACCACCCUUGCGUGACCUCUUUCCCCUUUGUAAGUAGAACUAUCUUCAUCUGAAUAUUGUGACAAACCCAAAGGAAGCCAUGCCCCCCCCCCCCCCCCCCCCCAUCUCUAGAUGCUUAAUAUUAAUCGUUCAACCGAUUUGUGAUGCGUGUGAAAGCAGCCAUGUUUUGUUGCGCAGCUAUCAUCAGUGACACACAAAUAAAAUAAAAAUACAAAUAAACACACACACCCAUAUAUAUAUAUAUAUAUAUAUAUAUAUAUAUAUAUAUAUACACAUACACACACACACACACCGAGCGAUUUAUACAUUUGUGGCUACAGUUUCACAAUUAUAAACGACGAUGUGGCCCACUGUGAAAAUAAGUUCGAGACCCAGGCACAAAAGGUGUCAUAAACGCAUUCCCAUUACAUUAGUGAAAGCUACCAGAGUGUACAUUCCAAAUGCCUGUUAAAGAACUAAUUGUGGUCUGCUGCACAGUGCAGAUAGCAUUUUUAUUCCUGUUUCACACAGGAACUCAAUCCCACGGCCAAUGGUAUCAAUGUCAAUUUAAUCUAACGGGAAAAAAAAGACAGGUCCGGUCUUUGGCUUGCGUAUGAAUUCCAACUUGGAGGAAAUGUGAUUUGGGACUGAUACAUUAAAUUAUGGUGUGCCCGAUUGCAGGGCUAAAAAAGCGGAUUGGCUUCGCUUCAUUGUUGCAGGUCAUAUUCACCUCCAACUUCAUUAUGUGUUCUUCGCUGCAUAAUUUAUUGUGGCUGGUACGUGCUCUUCGACAUUUUCCAAUAAAAAAGUUUCAGGUCUUUGUCA